CUCUUUCUUUUAAUGGCGCAAAUCAAACCCAUCUCCUCCUCCUCCUCCUCCCCUUCGCCAUCCCAAUGGCCUCCACCCUCAGCUCCUUUCCUCCCCACCUCGCCGCCCCUCGCCGCCGCUCCACUCUCUCCUGUGCUCAUUCUUUGUCUCCUACCCAACCCCACUUCCUCGCCUCCUCCUCCUCCUGCUCCUCCUCUUUAGGUAGACAUUGCAUGCCUUUGCAGGUUCGUUGCGAUGCUCAGACGAUCAGUGCGUCGGAUUUGACUCCGGGGACUCCUGUCAGACCGACAAGUGUUCUUGUUGUUGGGGCUACUGGAACCCUAGGUCGGCAGAUUGUUAGGAGGGCAUUGGAUGAAGGAUAUGAUGUGAGAUGCCUUGUCAGGCCUCGUCCUGCUCCUGCUGAUUUUCUCAGGGAUUGGGGCGCUAUUGUUGUCAAUGGAGAUCUUAGCAAACCAGAGACCAUACCUGCAACUCUAGUUGGUAUUCAUACAAUAAUUGAUUGUGCAACAGGAAGGCCGGAGGAGCCUAUUAAGACGGUAGAUUGGGAAGGAAAGGUUGCUCUCAUACAAUGUGCGAAAGCAAUGGGAAUCCAGAAGUAUGUAUUCUAUUCCAUCCACAAUUGCGAUAACCACCCAGAAGUUCCUUUGAUGCAGAUCAAGCACUGUACUGAGAAAUUUCUUCAGGAUUCUGGUCUAACAUACAUCAUAAUCCGCUUAUGUGGUUUCAUGCAGGGCCUAAUUGGGCAGUAUGCUGUGCCAAUACUAGAAGAGAAGUCAGUCUGGGGAACAGAUGCCCCAACAAGAAUAGCUUACAUGGAUACCCAGGAUAUAGCUCGGUUGACCUUUAUAGCCUUGCGCAAUGAGAAAAUUAAUCAGAAACUCUUAACAUUUGCUGGGCCACGUGCCUGGACAACUCAAGAGGUGAUUACUUUAUGUGAGAGACUUGCAGGACAAGAUGCAAAUGUUACAACUGUUCCUGUUUCAGUGCUGAGAUUCACCCGCCAACUUACCCGGUUCUUCCAAUGGACAAAUGAUGUUGCUGAUAGAUUGGCAUUCACAGAGGUCCUCUCAAGUGACACAGUCUUCUCAGUUCCAAUGAACGAGACAUAUAGUCUUCUUGGGGUUGAUCAAAAGGACAUUUUAACCUUGGAGAAGUAUCUACAGGAAUAUUUCACCAACAUAUUAAAAAAACUGAAGGACCUCAAAGCGCAAUCCAAGCAAACAGAUAUCUAUUUUUAGCUCAGAUUCUGAAUUAUGUGAGCUUAAUCGAGUUUGUACAAAGUUAUCGAGAUUUUCCUCAUGUAAAAUGAUGCCAAACUUUUCAUUCUUUCUUUUGGAGUGUAUACUUGCAAGCAGUAUGUAAUUGUACUUCUUAGUUUCUAAAUGCAACUUGUGCAUACCAAAAAAAAAAGGCCUGUUUUCAGGCCUCAAGUCUUUUUGUGCAAAAGCCUAGGAACAAAUUUGGUUGUCUCGUCUUAUUGGAAUAUUUAUCUUCCAGUUGUUUUCA